GAGCUGCUCUGGGCCCUAGUCCUGAAACUUCCUCUGUUUCCUCCUCCAGCCCCCAGCUCCCACCGCAGCCCCGCGCGGGCCCGAGGCCCUCGCGUCCCCCUCCCCCAGAGCCUCUCCCUGUCGCCGGAAGGCGCCGUUGAGUGUGGCCGGGCGGGUUGAGUCAGCCCCGGGGCCCGGGCGGUUCCGCCAGCCGGGCUGGACAGCGAUUUCUGCGCUUCGGCCGCCGGGCGCCUCGGGCCCCCGCGUCCGGCCACCGACCAUCCGAGUUGGCUGGACUGAGGCGCGCGUCCUGCCGGGCCCCGUGGGGGAGUGAAGUUCGCAAACUUCCGGGGCGCGGGGGUGGCGGCUGGCCCGCGUGGGGGCCCCCUCCGGCGCUCGGGGCCCGACGCCUCGCGAGGGCGCCCGCGGAGCCUCCCCAGCCCUGGGCGUUGGGCGAGCCUCGGGCGGUCGGAGGGGCCUGGGGGCAGUCAGAAGCCUGGACGUUGGCUACGCGAAUACAGUUAUGGCCACCCAGGUAAUGGGGCAGUCUUCUGGAGGAGGAGGGCUAUUUACCAGCAGUGGCAAUAUUGGAAUGGCCUUGCCUAACGACAUGUAUGACUUGCAUGACCUCUCCAAAGCUGAACUGGCUGCACCUCAGCUUAUCAUGCUGGCAAAUGUGGCCUUAACUGGGGAAGUAAAUGGCAGCUGCUGUGAUUACCUGGUUGGUGAAGAAAGACAGAUGGCAGAAUUGAUGCCUGUUGGGGAUAACAACUUUUCAGAUAGUGAAGGAGAAGGACUUGAAGAGUCUGCUGAAAUCAAAGGUGAACCUAAUGGAAUGGAAAACAUGGAACUGAGAAGUUUGGAACUCAGUGUCGUAGAACCUCAGCCUGUAUUUGAGGCAUCAGCUGCUCCAGAGAUUUACAGCUCAAAUAAAGAUCUUCCUCCUGAAACACCUGGAGUGGAGGACAAAGGCAAGAACUCAAAGACCAAACCCUUUCGCUGUAAGCCAUGUCAGUAUGAAGCAGAAUCUGAAGAACAGUUUGUGCAUCACAUCAGAGUUCACAGUGCCAAGAAAUUUUUUGUGGAAGAGAGUGCAGAGAAGCAGGCAAAAGCCAGGGAAUCUGGCUCUUCCACUGCAGAAGAGGGAGAUUUCUCCAAGGGCCCCAUUCGCUGUGACCGCUGUGGCUAUAAUACCAAUCGAUAUGAUCACUAUACUGCACACCUGAAACACCACACCAGAGCUGGGGAUAAUGAGCGCGUCUACAAGUGCAUCAUCUGCACAUACACAACAGUAAGCGAGUAUCACUGGAGGAAACACUUGAGAAACCAUUUUCCAAGGAAAGUAUACACUUGUGGAAAAUGCAACUAUUUUUCAGACAGAAAAAACAAUUACGUUCAGCAUGUUAGAACUCAUACAGGAGAACGCCCAUAUAAAUGUGAACUUUGUCCUUACUCAAGUUCUCAGAAGACUCAUCUAACUAGACAUAUGCGUACUCAUUCAGGUGAGAAGCCAUUUAAAUGUGAUCAGUGCAGUUAUGUGGCCUCGAAUCAACAUGAAGUAACUCGCCAUGCAAGACAGGUUCACAAUGGGCCUAAACCUCUUAAUUGCCCACACUGUGACUACAAAACAGCAGAUAGAAGUAACUUCAAAAAACAUGUAGAGCUACAUGUGAAUCCACGACAGUUCAAUUGCCCUGUAUGUGACUAUGCAGCUUCCAAGAAGUGUAAUCUACAGUAUCACUUCAAAUCUAAGCAUCCUACUUGUCCUAAUAAAACAAUGGAUGUCUCAAAAGUGAAACUAAAGAAAACCAAAAAACGAGAGGCUGACUUGCCUGAUAAUAUUACCAAUGAAAAAACAGAAACAGAACAGACAAAAAUAAAAGGGGAUGUAGCUGGAAAGAAAAAUGAAAAGUCUAUAAAAGCGGAGAAAAGAGAUGUCUCAAAAGAGAAAAAGUCUUCUAAUGUGUCAGUGAUCCAAGUGACUACCAGAACUCGAAAAUCAGUAACAGAGAUGGAUGUGCAUACUGGAAGCAAUUCAGAAAAAUUUUCUAAAACUAAGAAAAGCAAAAGGAAGUUGGAAGCUGACACCCAUUCUUUACGUGAUCCUGUGAAUGAUGAGGAAUCUUCAACAAGAAAGAAAAGGAAGGUAGAAAGCAAAUCCAAAAAUAAUAGUCAGGAAGUGCCAAAGGGUGACAGCAAAGUGGAGGAAAAUAAAAAGCAAAAUACCUACAUCAAAAAAAGUACAAAGAAGAAAACUCUGAAAAAUAAAUCAAGUAAGAAAAGCAGCAAGCCUGCUCAGAAGGGACCUGUUGAGAAGGGGCCUGCCCAGAUGGACCCUCCUCACAUGGAGCCUGCCCAGAUGGGGCCUGCUCCCACAGAGGCAGUUCAGAAGGGGACUGUUCAGGUGGAGCUGCCACGUCCCAUGGAGCCUGCUCAGAUGGAGGGUGCCCAGAUACAGCCUGCUCAUGCUGAGCCUGUUCAGAUGGAGGUGGUUCAGGAGGGGCCUGCUCAGAAGGAGCUGCCACCUCCUCUGGAGCCUGCUCAGGUGGUCGGUGCUCAGAUGGUACCUGCUCACAUGGAGUUGCCUCCUCCCAUGGAGACUGCUCAGAUGGAGGUUGCCCAAAUGGGGCCUGCUCCCAUGGAGGUGGUUCAGAAGGAGCCUGUUCAGAUAGAGCUGUCUCCCAUGGAGGUGGUCCAGGAGCCUAUUCAGAUGAAACUAUCUCCUUCUAUGGAGGUAGUACAGAAGGAGCCUGUUGACAUAGAGCUGUCUCCUCCCACAGAGGUGGUCCAGAAGGAACCUGUUCAGAUGGAGCUGUCUCCUCCCGUCAGGGUGGUUCAGAAGGAGCCUUCUCCUCCCGUAGAGCCUCCCCUUCACAUGGAGCCAAUUUCCAAAAAGCCUCCUCUCCGAAAACUUAAAAAGGAAAAGUCUAACAUGCAGAGUGAAAGGGCACAGAAGGAGCAAGUCCUUAUUGAAGUUGGCUUAAUGCCUGUUAAAGAUAGCCGGCUUCUAAGGGAAAGUAUAAGCACAGAAGAUCUGUCACCACCGUCACCACUGCUGCCAAAGGAAAAUUUAAAAGAAGAGGCGUCAAGAGACCAAAAAUUACUCAUCAGAGGUGAAGGAAAUGAAGAAGCCCCUCUUCAGACAGUAGGAGCAGAAGAGGCAGGUGAGAGCCUACCUGGUCUUGCUGCUAAUAUUGAGGAAUCUACCCAUGUUUCAUCCUCUAGACAAAGCUUGAAUAUGCCAGAGGGUGAAACUUCAGAUGGUAAACAUCAGACUGACGCUGUGGUUUGUGAAAUGGAAAUGGACACUGAUGAGAACAUAAGAGAGAAUCUCCCUGUUAUAAACUCAACAGUUGAAGAACCAGUUUCACCAGUGCUUCCCCCCUCAGCAGUAGAAGAAUGUGGUGAAGCAGUGUCUAAAACUGUACCGCCAUCACCUCCUGCUACCAUGGCAGUAAAUGAGUCUCAGGAAAUUGAUGAAGAUGAAGGCAUCCACAGCCAUGAAGGAAGUGAUCUAAGUGACAACAUGUCAGAGGGUAGUGAUGAUUCUGGAUUACAUGGGGCUCGACCAGUUUCACAAGAAUCUAGCAGAAAAAAUGCAAAGGAAGCCUUAGCAGUCAAAGUGGCUAAGGGAGAUUUUGUUUGUAUUUUCUGUGAUCGUUCUUUCAGAAAGGGAAAAGAUUAUAGCAAACACCUCAAUCGCCAUUUGGUUAAUGUGUACUAUCUUGAAGAAGCAGCUCAAGGGCAGGAGUAAUGAAACUUUGAACAAGGUUUCAGUUCUUAGUUUGUAAGGUAUAUUACAUUUUAUAUUCAUUUAUAGUAGUAGACAACCUUUUAAGAUUGCUUUAAUUAGUCUCUGAUGUUGAUUUUUAAGUGGCAUUCUUUUGCUUAGGAUUGUUGAUUGUUGUGUAAAUUUAGCAAAUCUACUAAACCAGCAGAUACCUAAAUCUGUUAGCUUAUGUGUCUAAUUGAAAUGAGGCUGAGAUGGUAUAGCAGCAUUUUACUGCUUUGUCCAGCUACAACUUGUCAUUUUUUUCUCCAUGUCUGUCUUCCUGUUUCACUUUAGUUUAUUCUUAGUUUUUUAUUGAGAUCUAUAAAAAAUUGGCUUAAUAGCAAAUUACUUGAAUAAUUUGCCUGCUUUAUAUAAAGUUAGCACUUUAAGAUUUUUUUUUUUAGAGAUGAGAAGACAUUUACAUUGAAGAAAAAUUCUCCCAGCAAUAGACAUUCUAUCAGUCCAAGCAUAGAAUUCCUGAGUUUUGAUCAAUAUUUUUUAUUUGUGUAUGUUAAUUGUCAUGAAAACAGUGAUUUUGGUGUGUUUUUUAUUUUGGUGCUUUAAUGGCUUAAGAUGUUGCACAUUUUUUUUGUUUCUGUUUUUGUUUUUUUACCUAUGCAGUUAAAUUUUUCCUAGAUAGAACAUUUGUGUUAAACAGUAACACUUUAUACGUAUAUAUAUAUGCAUGUUUAUUUUGGCCUCUUUGGAGGGAUGCUUUUAGACUUGUUUGCAAAAGGGCAGUUUUCUUUUUCUUUGCUGCAGUUGUCUAUUUUGCAGAAUAGUAGUGUGUGCAAGUUUGUGAGCAAAUGAAACAUGCAGGUUCAAUCCAUUGACUUUGAUUUUUACAUCUUAUAUCUAUGCCAGAAUCUUUAUUUCAUAUAACUUAUUUAUUUUGAAUGGAUGUAGUGAAUUCACAGUUCUCAGUUUUGAUUUUGCAAUAAAUAAACCACUAGGUUCCAUAUCGAACAAAUUUUUAUCUCAAAUACCAACCAUCAGUUUUUUUUCUUCUUCAUGUGUUUUGGUACAGCUCAUUCCUAAUUUAGAGUGUUAAAUGUUUGAGGAAAACCUUUUCUCAUAGAUGGUUGGUGUCCAUAUGGCUACUUUACAAUAAAGAACUGUAAGUGAUACUUGGAAACUGCAAACCUGGAAUUAGGAGACAUAAUUAUUCCUUUAAGUUUUACAGAAUAUCACUUGGAAGAUUCCAAAGCCAUAGCUAUUACGCGGCAAACCUAGGAUAUGAGAGGUAGUGUGAGUGCUGGCAGACCAGCUGCAACUUUCCUAUACAGUGAAAAAGGCUGGUGAAACAAGUACAGGCCAGAUUUUAAAAAAUCAUACUUUCUCAGGGAUCUCCACAAACUAGUGGGUGUCCUGGCUGUCUCUGUGAUAGCCUCUUUCUACAUACAGGUGAGGCCUCAAAUGAAUUGUAGCUAUCCUGGUGUUCCUGUGGGGGCACUUUGUAUGAAAAAGGGCAUGUACUCCAAAACAUUUUUGUAGGUUUUUUGGCCCAUCGACAAAGCGUAUGAAAGAAUCAUAGGAUUUUUCUUACUGAUAGCAGUUAUUCAUUGCAGUAAAACAAAAUAUGAUCCCAGUAGGGAAUCUUGAAUUCUGACCCCCCAUAUUCUGUUUUGAAAUAACCACUUUGUAUUUCAUUUUUAAAAAUAUGAUGAUUUCUUUGAGGCAGAUUUCAGAUUUUGGCAGUACAAGAGGAAAGAUUAGGAAAAGCAUUAAUGGUGUAUGGAUGGAGAGCUUGUUAAAAAUCUGAGUGAAGUUUGAGUUAAAAGUUGUUUGAACAUGGAAUUGACUGGGAGGCCAAAGAUUUAAAGAAGCAGAAGAUUCUUCUCUUAAGACAUGAGGAGUAAGUUGUGUGAUAAUGGUGUGUGUUUUGUGUGCAUGAUUGAACAUUGUAAAUGUUGAAUUCUAGGCUCUGACAAUCACUGUCAACAGAAGAUCAAGCUGCAAAUAUUUAUGUUUUAAAACUUAAAUUAUAAAGCUAGUUAAAUCUUUCUAAUGACUAGUUUUAAUGUUCAUGGGUACAUUUUACCUAAGUGACCGUUUACAUUGUAUAGAAAAAGAUUCAUCUUAAGCACAGAUUGGAUAUUAGGAAUUUGUUUGGGGAAGUUUUUUUUUGUGGAUUCUUUCAUACUGUAGAAGAAAAACCAUUUGCCUUCUGGGGAAUUGAGCUAAAUUCUACACUAGAAUGCUAAAAACAAAAACAUGAAGGAAAUUAAAACCCCUUAUUAUUAAAUUGAUUUGUAAAAACAUUGUUACUGGAAAUUGAUUGGACUUGAGGCCUUCUUCCAGAAAAUAAGGACUUGAUUGUCAGGCCUAUAUUAGGUUCUGAACCUUAAUGCCGUGUUUUUGAACUUACUAAAAAUUGUUUCAGUGAAAAGUACAUUAGCAAUAUGAACUUCUGGUCUAGUUGGAAGUUCUUUCAUCUGAAAAAUGUGAUAUUUGCAUGGAACUGUUUGAAUCUUUUUAUUUUCUAGUCCCCCUCCCCCACACUGGAUAGAAUUUAAGCUAGAAUUUUCCCUUUGGUUAAAAGAACAAAAAAUGAACAUGUUAUUUGUAAAUUGAUGUUUAGUAACUAGUGAUAAACUUGAAAUACUAGAAUACAUUAUAAGCCUUAAUCUUAGGUAGACUUAUGAAAAUGAAUCUCUUAAUUAUCUUUUGAACCUAUAUUCACAUUGGUUUUCAAGAUACUUUAAGUUAUAUUUUUUUCCUCUUUUCAGAGCUGCUUUUUAUUCUGGGGCUACUUUUUUAUUGUGUAAUUCACAAGGGGCUGCUUUUUUUUUUUUUUAUAAGGCUUAUAACUAUGGCUGGAUGUUUUGCUCUAGUCCUCUAAGAAGGGCCAGUUUAUUUUUUAGAGUCACUUCUAAAGUCAUGUGUUAAUUAACUUUGGAGACUGUUUGGCAUAUGAGAGCUGAUACAAAUUAAAACCCAAGUAGACCUCAUUGCAUGUCACCCUAUGAAUGUUGACAAUGGAAGGAAUAUCUUGCCUGUAGUAUACUGUCACUUCUGAACUGAAAAGCUGCGGAAGAAAGUUAAUUUUCUUUUUUGCAUAAAUCAGAAAAACUUACAGCUAGUGUUCCCAGUUUCCUGGUUGACCUCAGCAGAUGAAGUGAACAGAUAGUGUUAAAUCAGAUUGAAGAAAUUGUCUGAAUCUUGGUUUGUGUAGAUUUACAAUCUACAUGCAAUAUUAACUAAAUCAGAUAGCUUUUACAUUUUCACAUGUGUACAUAGAUUCCCUCCCUGUCCCUUCCAUAUCCAUUAGUUAUUGAACUUUCUAAACUGGCAUUGAAACAUUACAACAAUGUUUUGUUGCACCAAUUUUAUAAACUUAUGCAGUGCAAUACGUGUUAUUUUUCUGAGACAAACCAAAGGUAAAUUUCUCAAGGUUCUUGCUGCCUUCUUUAGCAGCAUUUGAUGGAAGAUCUUUUAUACAUUUGUAAUAGAUAAAAAUAAACCAGAUUGCAAAUCCUUCUUUAAAAUCUUAAACCAUGUACCAAGUUUUUGGUCCAAAUUGUGUAGAAUAAGUUAAACUUAAAUUGCAUUCUAUUAACCAAUAUGAGUGUAUUUCUGUAAGCAUAGUUAUGUUGAAAUAAAGUUUUAAAAAGCA